GUUUAGUGUUACUGCUGCAAAAUCUACAUCAUGUCGAACAAAAUUAUUUUAAGUUAAAAAUAGUCCAAAAAAAGUUAUAUAGGUAUUUUCGAGAGUUUGUGUCAAAAACAAGACCAAGAUGGCCUCUUUAUCGCAACAAAUGAGUUUAUACUCAAUGACCAGGAUGGCUCUAACGCUAGGUCCUGGCUUAGGAUUCCUUAUAUUCCUUCACUCCGGUACGUUAAAUAUGAGACCUGAUAUUCUGGAUCUUGAUAAUAGGGUCAGAGACGUACCUAUAUAUGAAAUAAACAGCACUUACGAUUUUGUGAUAGCUGGCGGUGGAAGUGCAGGGACGGUUCUGGCUAAUAGAUUAAGUGAAAACCCAUUUUGGAAUAUAUUGCUUCUGGAAGCCGGCCCUGAUGAGAUUACCAUAUCGGAUAUGCCUUUAAUGUUUCCUACCUUACAACUGAGCCCGUUGGAUUGGCAAUACCAAACCGAACCUGGAGAAAACUAUUGCUUGGGGUUUAAAGAACAAAGAUGCAACUGGCCAAGGGGUAAAGUACUAGGAGGUUGUUCGGUAUUGAAUGCCAUGCUGUACAUUAGAGGAAAUAAAAAAGAUUAUGACAGAUGGGAAGCUGUGGGAAACCCGGGAUGGAAAUACGAGGAUGUUUUGCCUUAUUUUAAAAAAUCUGAAGACAUGAGAAUUCCAGACUUAAUGGAUGAUAAAUAUCAUGGUACAGGCGGAUAUCUUACAGUUGAAAAUUACAGAUAUCGCUCUUCAAUUGCAAAAUGGUUUUUGAAAGCAACCGAGGAACUUGGUUACCAAAUCAGAGAUUUAAACGGAGAACAUCAGACUGGAUUCAAUUUACCGCAAGGUACUUUAAGGGAUGGUCUUAGAUGUAGUACCGCUAAAGCUUUCAUAAGGCCGGUAUCAAAAAGAAAAAAUUUACACGUCAGUCUUCAUUCCAGGGUGGAACAAAUUUUAAUAAACGAAGACAGAAAGCAGGCUUAUGGUGUAGUUUUCAACAAAUUCGGCACCCACAAUACGGUUUUUGCCAAAAGAGAAGUAAUCUUGAGCGCCGGGUCCUUGGUCUCACCGCAACUUCUUAUGUUAGCUGGAAUAGGUCCAGAAGAACAUUUGAAGGAUAAAGGGAUUAAAGUUUUGGUUAAUUCGGCCGGUGUUGGAUCCAAUUUACAGGACCAUGCAGCUGUAGGCGGAGCUACGUACGUAUUAGAUAAGCCACGUGAAUUUGAAAAUGAAACACUGACUUUCCAGCUUGCAAAUAUUUUUUCCACAGAAACAGUAAACGAUUUUACGCAGAAAAAACAAGGUCCUAUUUAUUGGUUGCCAGUAUGUGAAGUAAUUGGUUUUGUAUCGACAAAGUACCAAAAUCCCAAAGUUGAUUGGCCGGACAUUCAAUUCUUCUUGUCAUCGGCGGCUGACAGUUCUGAUGGCGGUCUUUUCGGAAGACGAGCCGAAGGCCUGACAGACGAGUUAUUUGCAGCCAUUUACGAAAAUCUGAUCGACAAGGAAGCUUUUAAUAUUUAUAGUUUACUGUUGAGGCCGAAGAGUAGAGGAAGGAUAAUGUUGAGAGACAAGGAUCCCGAGUCAAAGGUCCUUAUAUAUCCGAAUUAUUUUUCUAACAAAGACGAUUUGAAAGUGAUAAUAGAGGGAGCAAAAAUAGGGCAUCAAAUAGCCAUGAGUCAGGUAAUGCAAAAUUUCAACAUCACUUUCAACCCCAACCGUAUACCAGCAUGUAAACAUUUAGAACUCUUUUCCGACGAAUAUUGGGCAUGUCACGUAAAACAAAUUACUUUGACGAUAUAUCACCCUGUAGGAACGGCUAAAAUGGGACCUGAAGAUGAUCCUAGUGCUGUAGUAGAUGCCCGGUUAAAAGUAAGAGGAAUACGAAAUUUGAGAGUGGUUGACGCCUCCAUUUUUCCCUAUAUACCUACAGGAAAUACGAACGCCCCAACAAUCAUGGUAGCCGAAAAGGCUUCGGACAUGAUCAAGGAAGAUUGGGGGGUAUUAGAUAAUUUUAUAGAUUCCAGUGAAAAUCCUGAAAUUUUGCAGAAAGCUAGUUCUGAUGGUAAACUUAGAACGGCUCCUUCCGAAGAUUUUAAUGCUAAGCAUGAACCCAAACUUCAAAAGACUCCAGAAAUGCAUGACCCGGAUUACUGGUAAU